AUGGCGCUAAUGGAACUGUGGAAUUCUCUUGUCGGUGGUAACAAGGAGUCAGACUGGAGUGAAGUAGCGUCUCUAUACCUCCAUAACCGUAAAAAAUACUUCUCAGUGUCUGAAAUAGAUAAAGAAGAAGUUCCUAUAGUGUUUUCUGAGGGUCAUAAAAUCAGCUUCAACAAAACUGGACUGGGAUUGGACUAUACCCCACUUAACUCUAUCACAAUAUUUCACAUUGAUACUAGGAAAGCGGAAGUAAAAAUGCCCAGUGGUAACGUCGAUCAGCCUGUCAUUGAAGACAACAGGGAUGGUACUGUGAGCAUCAAAUACGAGCCCAGAGAGGAGGGAGUACAUGAAUUGUAUGUUAAGUACAAUGGAGAACAUGUUCAAGGUUCACCAUACAAGUUCCACGUGGACUCCAUUCCCUCCGGAUACGUGACCGCAUAUGGAGCAGGUUUGAUCAGUGGCGUCAGUGGAGAGCCUAGUCUGUUCACCAUCAGCACUAAGGGAGCAGGAUCUGGAGGUCUGUCGCUGGCUGUAGAAGGUCCUAGCAAGGCUGAGAUAACAUGUCACGACAACAAAGAUGGUACAGUGGCUGUAUCAUUCCUGCCCACGGCACCAGGCGAGUACAAGGUAUCCGUAAGAUUUGGAGACAAGCACAUCAAGGGAUCUCCUUUCUUAGCCAAGGUGACAGGAGAAGGUAGAAAGAGGAACCAGAUCUCAGUUGGUAGCUGUAGCGAAGUAACGCUACCAGGAAAGAUUAGUGACAAUGACAUUCGCAGUCUUAACGCUUCUAUACAGGCACCAUCAGGCCUAGAAGAGCCAUGUUUCCUCAAACGGUUGCCUUCUGGUAAUAUCGGGAUUAGUUUUACUCCCCGCGAGGCAGGACAGCACGUCGUGUCGGUGAAGAAGAUGGGUGUUCACAUCCAAAAUUCUCCAUUUACUAUAACCGUCCAGGAACAGGAAGUUGGUGAUGCUAAGAAAGUUAAGGUAUCAGGCAGUGCCUUGAAAGAGGGCAAGACCCAAGGCGAGAACACCUUCACUGUGGACACCAGGAACGCUGGUUAUGGUGGUCUUUCUCUAUCUAUUGAAGGACCCAGUAAAGCAGAAAUCCAGUGCGCGGACAGCAAAGAAGGAGUACUAUCUAUCAGCUAUAAGCCAACUGAGCCUGGUUACUACAUCGUCAAUUUGAAGUUCGCUGAUCAUCAUGUAGAAGGAUCGCCAUUCACUGUCAAGGUGUCUGGUGAGGGCAGCAACAGACAGCGGGAGAAGAUUCAAAGACAGCGUGAUCCCGCGCCGCUCACUGAAGUGGGAACUAAUUGCAAACUUACCUUCAAAAUGCCUGGCAUCACAUCCUUUGAUCUGGCUGCAACAGUAACCAGCCCUGGAGGUGUCUCUGAAGACGCAGAGAUCCAGGAGGUGGAAGAUGGGUUAUACUCCGUUCAUUUCGUACCUAAGGAAUUGGGUGUUCACACUGUGUCUGUCAAAUAUAGGGACAUCCAUAUUCCCGGAUCUCCCUUCCAAUUCACCGUGGGUCCACUUAGGGAUUCCGGUGCUCACUUGGUGAAGGCUGGAGGAGCUGGCCUUGAAAGAGGAGAGGCUGGAAGAUUCAAUGAGUUCAAUGUAUGGACAAGGGAAGCUGGGGCCGGACAACUUGCCAUCUCACUUGAGGGUCCUAGCAAGGCUGAAAUUGACUUCAAGGAUCGUAAGGAUGGGUCCUGCGACGUAUCUUACAAAGUUGAUGAGCCUGGUGAAUACCGUGUCGGCCUAAAGUUCAACGAGCAACAUAUCCCAGACUCACCUUUCAAGGUCUACAUCAGUCCAGCAGUGGGUGACGCCCACCUGUUGGAGGUGGCCCAAUUCCCUGAUUCAGCCCAAGUGGACAAACCCACCCAGUUCUACAUCAGACUCAAUGGGGCCAAGGGACAGCUCAAUGGCACUGUGGUCUCUCCGUCAGGCAAAACAGAUGACUGCUUCAUCCAAAACAUUGAUGGGGACCAGUACUCCAUCAGGUUCAUGCCAAGAGAGAAUGGAGUUCAUAACAUCAACGUGAAGUUUAACGGAGUUCACAUACCAGCCUCGCCAUUACGGAUAAAGGUCGGCAAAGACGACGCUGACCCCGCUGCAGUCCAUGCUCACGGCACUGGUUUGGGAUCAGUUAAAACUGGUGCCAAGACCGACCUGAUAAUCGACACAUGCAACGCUGGAGCUGGUAUCCUCGCUGUCACCAUGGACGGACCUUCACGUGUGGCCAUGGACUGUACUGAGGUGGAAGAGGGCUACAAGGUGAGGUAUACGCCAUUGGCUCCCGGAUUCUACUACAUGAGCAUAAAAUACAAUGGACAUCACAUCGUGGGGUCACCAUUCAAGAUCGAAGCUUCAGGUGAAAACCUAGCAGAAAUCGGUGCUCAAGAGACGUCAUCAGUAACAGUAGAAACGGUUAACAAAGUAGCUAAGGCUGGACAGAAACAAGGUCCGGUUCUGCCACACUUCAAAUCUGACGCAACCAAAGUUACUAGCAAGGGUAUGGGGCUAAAGAAGGCGUACUUAAACAAGCACAACCAGUUCACCGUGCACGCUGGCGACGCGGGUAACAACAUUCUAUACGUCGGUAUCUACGGCCCCAAGGGUCCAUGCGAUGAAGUCCAAUUGAAGCAUAAGGGAAAGAACAACUAUGAGUGCUGGUACGUGGUCAGAGACAGAGGAGAAUACAUAGUAAUUGUCAAGUGGGGAGAUGACCAUAUUCCUGGUUCACCCUACAAGGUAGAGGUCUAA